GUUACAAUCUACUAUUACUAAACUAAUCCUAAGCUACUUGGUUAUUUACAGAGUGAUCCCUAUCAUCUAAUAGGCCUUCGUUUGGUGGUUCUCACUAGUCAUUCCCCUUUUGAGAUUUCUUUAGUUCGCUUCAAUCAAGUUCUUUAGUGGUUCCUUUGCAUGGUCAUGACUGACAAUCAACUGGUUGUAGUGGGUUUCUUGUCAAAUGGUUGUCUUCUUCCUAGGCUUAAAAUCCCAAACUUGAGGUGGCCAUUCCAAAAUUUCCGUGAACACAUAAAAUUUGGGGGGAAAUUGACUGUUUCAUGCUUAUAUAACAGAAAGGAGGAUUUGUUCCAAUCAAGUCAACUGUAAGGUCAGCCAAAAUCUCACAAUUUCAUACUCUUAAGCUGCAUCACUUCUUCUUUUUAGAUGGUCAUUAACAUCUUCUGAACUUCAUGCCUUGCAGCUCUUACGAGCCUGAGAAUGAUGUAAUGAGAAAAGCACAGGAGAUUGUAUCUAAUCUAUCUGCAAACUUCCCUUCCUUGAUAAAGGUCAUGCACCCUUCACAUGUUAAUAGAGGAGCUUCUGUGCGUCUAUUGGCAGAGUUUUGCCACAAGCAUUUACCUGAGGAGGACUCAAUGAUCGAGUUGGAGGAUGAGAAUGGUGAAGUUGACACGACAAAGUAUCUAGCCUAUAAGAACACUUUCAGUGCGGGAUGGGCAGCGUUUGCCAGCAAGCAUGAUUUAGUUGAAGGAGAUGUUCUGGUUUUCGUGUUACUUAAGCCAACCAAAUUCAAGGUCUACAUUGUGAGGACAAGUAGGUCAGAGGGAGUGGAUGGUGAUCUUGAUAUGGGGAAGAAACCUGUUUACACAAACAAUCGGAGUACAAGUGGCAAGUCAGCUUUCAAAACUGUCCACGAUUCUGAUCUUUCAUCCGACGAUAACUACGUACUUGAUGAGUCGAAGAAUGAAAGUGAUGAAGAUUUUGGAUUCGAUAUCCCGGACGGUAUUCGGAUGUCAUCAGAAUCCACAGUUGAUUUCCGACAAGUGAAGAGCUUUGCUGACUUUGACAUUAUAGUGAAUGGCUUGGUGAUCAACAGUGAGCUCUCUAAGCAGCUCCAGCAUAAGUACUAUGAACUAUGCAGCUGUUGGAAAAAAUGGAUCGAAAUGCUCACUGACUCUCUUAUUUCUUCACCUUCCCACAACUCACAAUUGCUCAAACACUCUCUACUUUCUUUCUUAUUUGCUUUGCUUUGCUUGGGAUGAAGAAAUCAUACACAAACCAUGGCUAUUUAUAGCCAAGUUCCAACACUAAAUUGUGGCUUAUACUUUGCCACACCUAACUACCAUUUUACACCUACUUAACCCCACAAAUAUCUACCCAUUUGUGGUUCUUCUUUUUUCUUCUUUUCUUAAUCCAUAACUACCCACAUUAAUACACACUCUAGAUAACUCCACACACUUCACAACUCUAACUAGUUGUGAUGUUACAUUUUUUUUUUGUUUAUUAAACUUUAUUCUUCAAU